AAAUGUGAUUGGGACAUGGCAAAGGACUCAUCUCUAGCUUACAACGCCUUUUCAGGGCCACACAAAUCUUCCAAAAAUGCCUGCACUUCCCCAACUACAUUUUUACACCUCUCCACUAUUCCAAUGGCUACGGCUUCAGCAAUCCCACAAAAUUUAUCCCUUUUCCAUCCCAAUCAAUAUUAUUCCACAGCUUUCACUACAAAACAUUUUAAGCCCACAAGAUUUCUUGUCAAAGGAAUUCGUUCAAAGCUUUCAGUAUUAGACAACAAUGGAGUUCCAAUCGGAUAUAAUAGGGAGAACAAUUUCAGUAAAGCUUCACAACCCUUUACAGUUCUUGGACCCCAUUCCAAGUUCUUGCACCCCACUAGGAGAAUUACUGUGCAAUCAUUGAGUUCAAAUAGCGGUGUCACCUCAACAAGCCUGCAGAACAAGGUGAUUGGGCUGCUGCAUUUGUUGGUGUCACUUGGGAUUAUACUAGCAAUGGACAAGUUGUUGAAGAAGGCAUUUGUGGCUGCUGCUAUCAAAUUUCCAAGUGCUUUGUUUGGAAUGUUUUGUAUAUUUACCAUUCUAAUGGCUCUUGAUUCAACUGUUCCUGCUGCAGCAACAGGAUUGAUGAACUUCUUUGAGCCUGCUCUUUUGUUUAUUCAGAGGUGGCUGCCCUUGUUUUAUGUUCCUUCUUUGGUGGCUUUGCCUCUUGCCGUUAAAGACAUUCCCGCAACUUCAGGGGUUAAGAUUUGUAUAAUCAUAGUUGGUGGAUGGUUAGCUUCACUUGCAGUUGCAGGUUACACUGCAAUCGCUGUAAGAAAAAUGGUAAAUACAGAAAUGAUACCUGCUGAACCAAUGUCAAAGCCUUCUCCUUUUUCUCAACUGGAGAUUUGGGCUUGGAGUGGGAUUUUUGUUAUAUCGUUUAUUGCAGCUUUUUGGUAUCCAACGGUGCUUGGCACAAGUGCAAGAACAUGCCUUCCUUUUCUACUGGCAUCAACUGUAUUAGGCUAUAUGGUUGGUUCUGGGCUUCCAUCUGGGCUCAAGAAAGUUUUCCAUCCAGUUAUUUGCUGUGCUCUUUCUGCAGAUUUGGCAGCAUUUGCUUUUGGAUACUUUACUCGAAGUGGACUUAAUCCAGUUCUAGGAUAUUAUCUCACAAAGGCAUCCUCUAAUCCUGGAGCUGGUGAUAUUCUUAUGGGAUUUCUAGGAUCGGUUAUCCUUUCCUUUGCCUUCUCAAUGUUCAAACAGAGGAAGCUUGUUAAGAGGCAUGCAGCUGAGAUUUUCACCUCAGUCAUUAUCUCAACUUUGUUUUCUUUGUACUCAACGGCUCUGAUUGGACGACUUCUUGCAUUGGAACCAAGUUUAACUAUAUCAAUACUUCCCAGAUGCAUUACUGUGGCAUUGGCUCUCAGCAUUGUAUCUUUCUUUGAAGGUGCCAAUUCAUCUCUCACAGCUGCAGCUGUUGUAGUUACUGGGCUCAUUGGAGCGAAUUUUGUUCAGACAGUGCUUGAUAACCUUCGCUUCCGUGAUCCUAUUGCUCGAGGAAUUGCAACUGCAUCUAGUGCGCAUGGAUUGGGAACAGCAGCAUUGUCAGCAAAGGAACCUGAGGCUCUUCCAUUUUGUGCCAUUGCAUAUGGACUUACUGGCAUAUUUGGUUCUCUGGCCUGCUCCAUUCCAGCAGUCAGACAAAGCUUGUUAGCAGUAGUUGGCUAAAACAUCCAGCUGCUAGUGGAAUAUGUGAGCAGGGCAUUGCUAUACAUGAUCUGCUUAUCACCUUGAGACAAUUAGAAAAUUCUGAAGACUGGCUAAAAAUUUGGCAAUGUUUUAAUGGAAAUCCAUAAUCCUACCUGCUUUUUCUUCAACAUAAGUUCUAAAGGGCACAUUUCUGCUGCAUUGGCUUAAUACAGUACUAGCUAAAUUGAGUAGAUGAGUUAGCAUAAUUUGUCAUGUGACAUCUGCCAAGAACUGCAACUAAGGAUGAUUUAGCUGCAAAUGUGGCAGCGCAUAUUUGAUUUAUCACACGGUGCAUCUGCCAUGAAUCACAAGUGGAGGCGUUUUAGUCGGAAA